AUUCUAAAAUUGUAGCAUCACUGAUCUCCAACGGCACUGGCACGGCAGAGUGAAAGAGCACAUGAGUCUCCGUGCGUCUCGCCGAUCCCGUAGUGAUGCAGGCAGCAAACAUUGUUGAGACGCCGGAGGAAUUGAAGAACCAAGCCACCAGAUCACAAUAUCAACAGAGUUGCCGUUGGUUUCAUCACUCUCCACGGCAGACACGUCCUCUUCGCGGCAUGCUCACAACAAGAUGGGCAACUGUAGAUACACCUCCGAGAGCGCCAACAGGCCAGGGGGAAAAGAGCAUCAGUGCGAACUCAUCGUAUCGCAAAAGGGAGCAGAGAUCCAGGUGCCAGCCGAGAGAACACGUUCCCGCUUGGUAUUGCACCGGCAUUGUUCCGGCAGCAUUUUCGGCCGAAGUUUCACCCUCGUCAAAUAGAGGGGGGUUUGGAUCUGAUGAUGUGGCUGUAAGCUACUGGGCUCUAAGCUACGCUAUCCAUGUUGCCUGUAACGACAGCCGCUCGGCGGCUUGGCUGGAAUUUAGGAUCCAGAUCCAGACUGCGCAUCGGCCAAAGGUGAUGAUUGGAACGUGCGGAUGCCAACAAUGAGUUUCGUUUAGAGUCUGUGUUGUUCGAGAGGUGGAAUAUUCCAUUGCAAGCACUGCCAAUGCAUAGAACGAUAAGCUGUGAUAAGAUGCGACCAUCAUCAUCGAGCAUGAGCGUCCACCGUCGGUCGAAGGGUCACCGUCGGUCAACGAGCCGCGGUUGACGGGAUCAAUUCCAGUGAUCAGAUCUAAGGCGGGAAAAAAAAACGGUUAGCCCAGAUUCCCACUCAUGAUAUAGAUAGCCAUUGAUGACUCAACUGCCUUUCAAGCCGGCUUACGAUCGA